AUUCAAUAGAGUAAUUAUCACAGCGGUGUGCACGAAAUUGUUAAUUGCAAACAAGUUUAAUAUCUUAAAUCAAUUUGGAUAUUCUUCUCUUUUCAGCCUCAUGACCGAAUUAGUGUAGUAGUGCUUGGAAAACGAAAUUGUUGCAAGCACGUAAUGUUACGCUUACUCAGUUGUCGAAUCUUUCUUCCCAACAUCCCCUUCAAACGGCAAAUGACUGAAUCAGUUCAACAAUGCUUGGAAAACGAGACUGUGGUAAGCGCAAUAUGUUAUGCUUAUUCGGUCGAUUCUUACUCCCCAACAUACCUAACUAGAGGUGACAAAAUAUUCAAGAUAGAUCCUGAAGAAGACAUCUCAAUUUCAGUUAAUGAAACAAUAGACAUGAAACUACAAUACUCGGACAGUAACUUUACUGCAGCUCAAUGGGCAGCUGGUAAUAUGAAGGUAGGGGCUCUUUACAGUGCUUUCUCUGGAGCUGCUAGUAUGGCUGUUGAGACUACUGGAGAGUCUCAGUUUCAUACUGUAAGAAUUGAUGCUAUAGGGGUGUGUACAAAGAACUGUAUCACUACUAGAGGCAGCUUCAGGACUUGUCCAGAGAAGUUUCUGACAGAGGAUUUCAAGUCAGCUAUUCAAGAAUUGACAGUGGAGGAGAUAGAAACUAGAAUAGGGGUGUUUUAUGCAAUCAGACUUCAACUUGGUGGAAUGGUUAAAAGAUCCUAUAUAAUGGAGGCGACUGAAGAUGACAAUGAAUCUAAGGUAACAGCAGAACUACAAGCUUCAUUUGGUAAAGAGUGUCUCGGAGCAAGCAUCGAUGCUACAUCAAGGUUUGAAACUGGACGUCGUUUAUCUAACAGAAAUGCAAAGGUCAGACGUGAGUGGAGGGCUCAGGGAGGUGAUAUUGAUCUUUGGUUCCAACUUGGUACUAGUGGUCAAGACCAAUCCCAAUUUUCAUCAGCUAUGGACAUUGCUAGAGAAUGGGCUCAAACCAUCGACAGUACUAAUGUUUACCCAUUUGAUUUUGAACUGAGGCCCCUCUGGGAGCUGAUCAAAGAAAUCAAUCCACAGAAAGCAACAGAAUUCAGGUUUUAUCUGGAAGACAAAUGGGAAAAGGAUGGAAGCAGACAUCUACCUACAAUGUUUCUCCCCACAAAACUGAGAGUAUACCAGCUUCCUGAAGCAUCUAAAACGUUCAUAAUAAACACAUGUAAAGCUCACAAGUGA